GUUCUGUUGGUGCUACAAACAUGAAUGAACAUUCUUCGCGCUCACAUGCAAUAUUUACAAUCACAAUUGAGCGAAGUGAGAAAGGAGCAGAUGGCCAACAACAUGUUCGUAUGGGAAAACUUCAUAUGGUUGAUUUGGCUGUAAGUUUAAGGCACUUUUAUUCCGUGUUUUUGUAUCCGCCUUAUCGAGUUAUUUAAUUAUACCGGGUGUCCCAAAAAAAACUGGACACUGUUUGAUUACAUGUAACGUAAAAGUUAUAAAAGCUAUCGCUAUGAAAUAAAAAUCAUUGCAUUUAGAAUUAGGACUAACUUAGAAUUUGAUAUAUAGCACUUGAAUUUACAUGCAAUAUUGAGCGAGAUACAACUAAAAUAAAAAUAUUUAUUAUUUAACAAGUACUAUAACUACAUUGAUAAUUAUAAGGUUGUUUUAUGCUAAUUUUUGGCAUUUUGAAAAUCAGUGUAGUUCAACGUUCAAACACCAAUAGCGCAGUCAAUAUUGCAUGUAAAUUCAAGUGCUAUGUAUCAAAAUCUAAGUUGGUCCUUUCUGAAUGCCGAAUGACCUUUAUUUCAUUGCGAUAGAUUUUACGUUCCAUUUUUUUUUGGACACCUGGUAUAUACGGACGGGACGUCUAAGAUCAGUAUCAGUGUGCUAUCGCAGAUUAAUAAUUCUUCAAGCUUAUUCUUCUGAAAAUGUCCACGAUGAGUCCAACAUAAAUUUCGGAACAACAUACAGUAAUAGAUAUUGACAAAGCAGUAAUUUAAUUAAUUUUAAUUAAAUCAAUUUAUUGGACAAUCAACUACAAUGUCCAAGCGGUAAGAUUGCGAACGGGGCUGAAAGUCCCAUGCGAGGCACUCCCCCGUUUGAAACUAUAAACCUACUAAAAUAUAUUACAGUACUUAAAUAUUGACAUGAAUAAUAACCGUAAAGAAACAUGCCAAUACACCCUUCCGGAAAGUACGUCAUCUUGGCUAUAGAGCCUCGUUUUUGUGUACGCGACAUUAGUUAAAGUAUAACGUGCCAAUCUCGAAAACGAGGCUCUAUGGCCAAGAUGAUGUACUUUCUGGAAGCGUGUAUUGCUUGAGCACCAACUAAUUCUCAAACCAUACACAACUUAAUGUUCCAAUAAGAGUUAUUGGAUUUAGUAUUAAAUGAGAACCAAUACUACUUUCAAUUAAGAUUCAAGAAUGUGAAAGAACAUUGAAAAACAGUUAAGCAAUAUGCAUAUGUUUUCUUCAAAACUAAUCCCUAUGACAUGAACAAGUUUGAUGUAAUGACCAUGUACAGGUCACUAUAUCUACACAAAAAAGUAAUAAUUAAAAUAUUAAAUGUAAGUACGUUCUUGACAAAAACAAUUUUAAAGAUAAUUAGACUACGAAGGUGUGCAGGAGAGGCUGUUUUACACACACACAGAGUUCCAGUGAGGGACGGUACGGUUGAAGCAAGAUGACUGAAAUGUACUUGUUUUACACGACGGAACUUCAAGCAUAAGGGUUUUUACGAGUACGACUAUGACUAACCAAUGAUACAAUAUUAAAAACAUUGAAGUCAUACUAUCCAUUCCGUAAUUUAAGUGUAGGGAUGAACUAUAAAUUUGUUGAAACGACCCCGCCCAGUUCUGUAAGCCUGUUUGUCUUGCUUAUCUUUCUUCUCAUCAAAUCUUUGUACAUUUUGAAAACUCUUUUGUUCAUGAUGAAUGCAAUAGCAAUGUUCACACCUUGAAGUGAUGUGAAAAUCACGAACAAAUACGAAAAGACAAAGGUGAAAUGAACGAUCAGAUCCAAAAAGCCAAACAACCAACUGAAUCCCAUUAAGGUGGCAAUCUUGAGAUAUAUCCAAAACAUUGUUUGUGUUGUCCUGGUGUGAGAUGAUGCUAUGAGAUGAUCAUGAUAUUUAGAACGUCCCAUAUGAAUAUGAACCACAGUGAGAAUAAAAAAUAUCACGUUGAAAAACAAGAUCACACCAACAGGAAGAACAAAAAAGUAUCGUUGAGCGUCUAUGUUCUCAAACCAACAUAUUUGAUCGUCUGUAUAGAUAGUGUAAAUACCCUGUUGGUCUAAAACAAAGCAUGUCCCAACAAAAAUUGCUGGAGUACACCAUGUUAUAGUACAGUACUUCAGAAAUUUUAUAUUUUCGUCAUGUUGGUGCACAUCUCUUGAAACAAUCUUACUAGAGAACCUCCAAUAAGUAUGAUACGCAAUCAUUGCCAUGGCAACAAAUGAAACAAGAAAUAAAUAAUGUUCUACCAUUGCGGUAACGUGACACGACACUGACACAUUCGAUUUUCCAACUGCUGUUAACCAGAUCAAUUGCGCCAAAAAUAAUGAAACAGACAAAUUUAAAACAUUCUUUCCUGGAAUACUAUGAUGAAGUUCUGCAAAUAUCAAAUAUGUCAGAAUUACCAAGAAAAGACAAAAUAACGAUAGAGCAAAUCCAAUUAAAGUUAAAUAUGUCAGAAUAACAUGAGUGACUCUUUGAGGUGGAGUAGUCAUGAUCUUCACUGAUGGAAACAAACAAAUAAUAACCUUUUCAUUUUGGAUGUCGUAUUCUCCGAAGUGAUAGAUCUUGUUUGUUCCGUUAUAAAAUAUACUAAGAUUUUUGAAUUUUAUGUAUUCACUCUCAAUCAAACUGACUUGGUAACCAUGGCAAUUCGAUAGCACGACUUGUUCACAAACAGAAAUAUUCUGCUUCGCUGAAUCUUCAAAGAACACUUGCUUUGCUUCAUACGUUGUUCCGCUUGAGUUAACAUAGUAACUUCCGUUGGGCAAUAAUCUAUAUUGCUUGAAGGUAUAUGUUUGUUUGUUAAUACAAGUUAGUUGUCGAUAGGUGGUUUUAAAAACUGUAAACAUAUGUUUACGCAUGGUUAUGUUAAAUUCCGUGGUAAAAAAUAAUAAUCUUUUUAAUGGAAGAAUCUUCCUUGAUCCAUUGCGAUGACUGUUAAAUGACGUUUUUUCUUGGUUAUCCAUUGUCUCAUUGUAUUGUUUUGCUAAACCAGUAAACCUAGUGUUUGCUCAGGCGUUAGCCACAACCUAAACGUAAUUACGAAGUAAUUUGGCCAUCUUUUAAUAAAAUGUAAAUUGUCCAUUUGUGAAAUAUUGAUAUUAAACGUUUUUCUCAGAGAAGAAUAAAUGUUCUUCUUGGAAACCCGACUAGCAGUAAACUUCUCAGAACUGAACCAAACUGCCACCACAUAUCUUUCAAUGUUUCUCUUCUUUGGUACUCUAGAACGUGACUUACUAGAACGUGAACAAAUUUCAAGCUUAGAGUCGUAAGGUUUCUUCCCGCAUUUAGCCUGCACGUGGGUGGAAUAACCGUCAUUUGUAAUAUCUAGUACAAGUGAUAAAGACGCUAUCUUCGGAGGACUAUAGCGUCACGGUUAAUGCGUGGACCACAUUUUGGAUGUAUAUAUUGUUUUCCCAUGCAACUUACGCACCACUUAUUUCGAUAAUUUGUGCCGUUGACCGCGACAACUCCAACUGGACCUCUUGCACACCGUUCAUAAUAAGGAUUUGUAACUGAACAAUAUUUCACUAGAUUUGGAAAACAUUCACGAGUUUUGUAAUCAUCUCUUCGUUGAAAACUGAUGCUAUCUUUUCUACAAUACUUCAAAGCAAACAAGAUUUUCUCAUUUAUCGUUGUUAAUGAUGAUGGCGGGAGAAUUUCACAAAUUAUUUUUAUACCAAAAUGUUUUAUCUGAUAUUCUCCAUUGCAUUCUGCGCAAUAUUCAUUACGAUAUACCAAACUAUUCCUGCCAUGAACAGGAACUAACUUACUUAUAUCAUUUUCACUCCACGAUUCCUUAUCAGCAUUCUCGCAUUCAUUGCUCUUAUUAUCUGGACAUCUAUUGACUAUCCAAAUAGGAGCAUUUAAAUAUUCGUUGAUACAGGAAAGUUGCUGAAACUCCAGUUGUCCGGGUGUUUUUACUCCUUUGUUUCCAUGAUAGUGUUGGUGGUCACUACAGCAAUCAUUAAAGAAUGUGCAGUAGGAAUCACAUUGACAUUUACGCCAAUGUUCAGUCUCCUGCACGCAAGUCUUACAACACGAGUACUGGCUCGGACAACUCAGUGCUUCUUCUUCGCUUGUAUUGUGGUGAAAAUCCUUGCCACUCCUUAUAUUUCUCACGUUGACUUCUAAAUUGAAGGAAGAAAAUUUGUGUACUACAUUUUCAUUGUACGUUUCAAUAAAAGAUGCUGACAAAUAAAAGAUGUUGACAACUAAAAUAUACUGAUUUAAAUAAAAGAUACUGACAAAUAAAAGAUGGUGAUACUGACAAAUAAAAGAUACUGACAAAUAAAAGAUACUGACAAAUAAAAGAUGCUGACAAAUAAAAGAUGCUGACAAAUAAAAGAUGCUGACAAAUAAAAGAUGCUGACAAAUAAAAGAUGCUGACAAAUAAAAGAUACUGACAAAUAAAAGAUACUGACAAAUAAAAGAUGCUGACAAAUAAAAGAUACUGACAAAUAAAAGAUACUGACAAAUAAAAGAUGCUGACAAAUAAAAGAUACUGACAAAUAAAAGAUGCUGACAAAUAAAAGAUGCUGACAAAUAAAAGAUGCUGACAAAUAAAAGAUACUGACAAAUAAAAGAUACUGACAAAUAAAAGAUGCUGACAAAUAAAAGAUACUGACAAAUAAAAGAUGCUGACAAAUAAAAGAUGCUGACAAAUAAAAGAUACUGACAAAUAAAAGAUACUGACAAAUAAAAGAUGCUGACAAAUAAAAGAUGCUGACAAAUAAAAGAUACUGACAAAUAAAAGAUACUGACAAAUAAAAGAUGCUGACAAAUAAAAGAUACUGACAAAUAAAAGAUGCUGACAAAUAAAAGAUGCUGACAAAUAAAAGAUACUGACAAAUAAAAGAUGCUGACAAAUAAAAGAUGCUGACAAAUAAAAGAUGCUGACAAAUAAAAGAUGCUGACAAAUAAAAGAUGCUGACAAAUAAAAGAUACCGACAAAUAAAAGAUACUGACAAAUAAAAGAUACAGACAAACAAAAGAUACUGAAAAAUAAAAGAUACAGACAAACAAAAGAUACUGAAAAAUAAAAGAUACUGAAAAAUAGAUAUUACAAAUAAAAGAUACCGACAAAUAAAAGAUACAGACAAAUAAAAGAUACAGACAAAUAAAAGAUACAGACAAAUAAAAGAUACAGACAAAUAAAAGAUACUGACAAAUAGAAGAUAAAAUAGAAGAUACUGACAAAUAGAAGAUACUGACAAAUAGAAGAUACUGACAAAUAGAAGAUACUGACAAAUAGAAGAUACUGACAAAUAGAAGAUACUGACAAAUAGAAGAUACAGACAAAUAAAAGAUACAGACAAGUAAAAAUUAUUAAUAAAUAGAAGAUACUGACAAAUAGAAGAUCUGACAAUAAAUAGAAGAUGCUGACAAAUAGAAGAUGCUGACAAAUAGAAGAUGCUGACAAAUAGAAGAUGACAAAUAAAAGAUACAGACAAGUAAAAGAUACAGACAAAUAGAAGAUAAAAUAGAAGAUACUGACAAAUAGAAGAUACUGACAAAUAGAAGAUGCUGACAAAUAGAAGAUGACAAAUAAAAGAUACAGACAAGUAAAAAUUAUUAAUAAAUAGAAGAUAUACAGACAAGUAAAAAUUAUUAAUAAAUAGAAGAUACUGACAAAUAGAAGAUGCUGACAAAUAAAAAUUAUUAAUAAAUAGAAGAUACUGACAAAUAGAAGAUGCUGACAAAUAGAAGAUACUGACAAAUAGAAGAUGCUGACAAAUAAAAGAUACUGACAAAUAGAAGAUGCUGACAAAUAAAAGAUACUGACAAAUAGAAGAUGCUGACAAAUAAAAGAUACUGACAAAUAGAAGAUGCUGACAAAUAGAAGAUGCUGAAAAAUAGAAGAUACAGACAAAUAAAAGAUACAGACAAGUAAAAAUUAUUAAUAAAUAGAAGAUACAGACAAGUAAAAAUUAUUAAAGAAGAUGCUGACAAAUAGAAGAUACAGACAAAUAAAAGAUACAGACAAGUAAAAAUUAUUAAUAAAUAGAAGAUACUGACAAAUAGAAGAUGCUGACAAAUAGAAGAUACUGACAAAUAGAAGAUACUGACAAAUAAAAGAUACUGACAAAAAUAGAAGAUGCUGACAAAUAGAAGAUACUGACAAAUAGAAGAUGCUGACAAAUAGAAGAUGCUGACAAAUAGAAGAUGCUGACAAAUAGAAGAUGCUGACAAAUAGAAGAUGCUGACAAAUAAAAGAUUCUGACAAAAGGAAAGAAAUAAAAAAAUGCUGUGAUGAAAUCUAUACUGACUUCACUGCCUCGUAUAACUAGGUGCUUUGGUUUGUUUCACAGCAACCUUGUUCACAGCAUCACAUCAAGCGCGAAAAUUUGGUGGAACGCCGGUCAUAUUAAUCCACGCGGCCCCACACAAAGCCGCCGCAAGACAUAUAGUGGCAACAUAGCGCCUGCAUGCAAGGGUACAAGCUAGGCACUGCCUUUGAAAUGAUCUCAUCAUCAUCAAAAUUUAUUUCAUGACGAUGCUGUUUCACAGCAACCGAACGCCUUAAUGAAAGCCAGGAAUACCAUCGAUCGAAUAGAAAUAUCAAUCAAAUACUUUCUUUUUUCAUGUGAGGGAGUUUGCAUGCAGGAAUUCCGGUGUUCUUGUUAUCUUAUACCAUGUAAAUAUACUGUGACUUCUGCAUGCAUGUCUUUUAAUUUGUAGUUUGUAUGCUUUGUGAAUGUAAUAUUAGUUUAACACUCCAGCAAUAUCUGAAUGUAAAAAGGCCAUGCCAUUACUAAAACUAUUGUUUUACUUUUACCUCACCUUUGGCUUUGCUUUUUGGUAUUAUUUUCAAAUUUUGACCUUCGUCAGUUUCUUCUCCCCAUGAAUUUAGCUGCGUGUAUAACGUUUGAUUUCGCUUUUUCGCCGAUUCGUUCAACGUAAUUGUUGAUAUUUUACUUUCACUGUGUAUUAAAAGUACAGUAAGAAUAAACAAUAUCUGUAGGCAAGUAGCCCAGUUGUUCAUGACUGUUUUCUUAUAUCUUUGCGGAGGAAAUUAAAACUUAAAUUUCAAAUUUUUUUACAAAGAUUUACAGAAUUAAAUGUUGGCGAAAUUGACGCCGACAGACUGUUUGAUCAUCAUCUAAUGUUCUAAUGUGUUUAUAUAAUGUGGUGUGCAAGCAGAUUGCAUCCCAUUAAUACAUAGUAUUAAUAAUGCAUCAAAUUUGUGCAUUGUUAUAUGCAUAUAUAGAUGUGAAAAAGUACAGAUAAAGUGGGUAACAUGAUAUUGUUGAAUAUUAUUCGGAUCCAUGCACUUUAGUUAAUUUGUUUUCCAGCUGGAAUUUAAUGCAAAUUUUAAUCUUAAUGUUGUCUUUUAAUAAAUUUUAAGAUGAUAUAUCAUUUGGGAAUAAUCAUUUAUUAUUAUUUUUAUAACAAGCUUUCGUUGGUAGGGAUGUAUACUUGGAAAAUACAAAAUGAAAUUCGACAUUUCGAGAGCCUCUCCGUCGGGAAGUUGCUAUCUUCCCGACGAAUUCAAUAAAAUAGCUUAUGCAGUAAUUAGUAUAACGUUAAAUGAAUACAAAAAAACCUGGAUAUUGUACUGGCGCCUCCUGAUGCAUGCUAUGCAGCUCCUUCAAACGAUUAGAAGCUAUUUUAAAUUCCUAUAGGAAUAGAAAAUCUUGUACUUAACGAGUUAUUUAUUAAAGUCUCGUUUUUCAAUACACCCUGUAUUUUACGCUUCCGUGGAUUAAGCAUAAUGCUCAGGCAUUCAAAUUAUUAGAAUAGGAACAUUUCAAAUGUAUACUUUUUUCGGGGUAUAGGUCUAGCUAUGGCUAUAAUUCUUUGUUUGCAAUCACGUGACUUUUCAUUGAAAUGACGGACAAUCAAACAAACGAUUUUUCUCCUAUCAGAAUGGUUGUAGCAAGAAAAACUGAACGGUAAUUCAUCUUUUGAGUCUUAAACUGUCUCUAAACUCGAUCAAUACAUUAAAAUAGCCUGGUUUUGUUAUACCUGCCCAUCAACUGAAAUCCCAAAAUGACGUCAUUGCAAACAAGAAUAGGCUCUUUGCAGCUGGCCUAGAAACACUUUGCAUAACAAUAUCUGGAGGGCAAGAAAAAUGUUGUGUUUUGCCUUAAUCCUUUUUUUACAACUCCCACUGCUUUCCAUGCUCUCCACUCAAUUAUUGCUGGAGGCGGGGGGAGGGGCAGUUGCCGCUCACCCCUGUCCUCUGUCUCGUACGCCUAUGCUAACAUUGUAGCAAUAGAAGCAGCAUGUCUUAAUUAAAGCCGUUUUCCACUUCAACCGAGUUCAAACGUAUCGUACCAAAGCGUUGCGUAUUUCUUUGUUUAGGAUGGAACUAAUGACUUCGACACAAAAGAAAAUGCUUUUCGAUACGGUUGAAGUGGAAAAAGGCCUCUACUUAACAAGUUGGUUUCUUAUCGUUCCGAGAUAAUUUUAAUUAUUCAUAAAUUGUCGGUUUCGCUUUUUCCUCUCACGAAACUUCACGUAAGCUCCUGUGACGAAAAGAGAUACAAAUUUGUUGCUAUACAAGUGGAUAUAACCAUGAAAGGAUAAUUUUUUUGUUGAAAAUUCUCAUAAUGUGCAAAAUAGAGUGACAUACAGACUAUUAAAACUACAAUACUUUUAUCUAUAGCAAUUGAUGAUUCCCCUUAUUACGUUUUCGUAGCGCUUUGCAUUGUGGUUAUAGUGGUAUCACUGAUAAAGAUAGCAGCCUCGAAUGAAAAUAUUGAGUGUUUUCACGAAUAUUUUGCUGUUAGCUAUCGCACCCUAGCUUUUAUUAAAAGUUCUUGCAUGGGUCAGGACAAAAAAAUAAGCCAUCUUGAAUAUCAGUAAUACCACUAUAACCACAAUGCAAAGCGCUACGAAAACGUAAUAAGGGGAAUCUUCUAUUUAAAUCCCUCCGCCCAUCUGCAGGCGAGACCGUAAUUCAUGCAUUGACGCAUGUUUAUGUGCUGAUAGGCUUCAUAAUAGAUUCCAGCAUUUUCUCUAUGAUUUUAUAACAAAAAACACUUGCAAGCCUCAUACAAACCAUUACGUCAAUACUUUAUCUUUUCUCCGGUGAUUAAAAACGUGACACCUUCAUUUGUAUCCUACACGCAUUGCCAAAUUCUCGAACUCUCUCAUUCUGCCCUUUUUGUCGUCACAAGAAAUUAAACCAUAUUUACACCCAUUUGAAGAAUGGUUGUCGGUCUCCCCCGGAAAUGUAUUUCGACCAACGUAAUCACUGAAAAAGCAAAAGCAUGCUGCGAACAGUGCUCAGCAGCCCCCACCCGAAAAUUUAUAAUAAAUAAAAAACUAUAUAAUAAGUAAUUAUUUCAAAUGUCCUCUGCCAUCUACAUCAUUCAGGGUAACAGCAUAAUGUGAAUGUAGCUUUUAACAGCAACAUUAAUCAUCUUGCGCAGAUACAUAGCGUAUCUAAUGUUAUUUUUUAUAACAUUUAUUUUUAUACUUGUUAUCAAAAUCCUGUUUAGGCGGAUCUCCACUAGACUUUUGAGUUUUGAGACGAUUUUUAUGACAAUCGUCAAAAAAUUCGCGACGAUUUAGAGAGAAGUAGUAUAUUAGCUGUUGUCAAAGUCAAAUACAACACAAAUCUAAAGCAAUUAAAAAUUAAGAGUAAUAUGGGAAUGAAAGUUAAACUAAAGGUGGAGUUACACGAGCAACAAAAUUUCUGCAACGUCGACACAUGUUCUCAUCCUGAUCUCAUCCUGACGAUGUAACAAGCUCAGCCAAGAACCCAGCGGAUAUUGCCAACUUACUCAACCACUACUUCUAUUCCGUUUUCAAACCUUCUGACGACGAAACGUCCUUUCCAAACUCUAGUGACUCGAACUCUGAUACUUCAGAAUGUACCAUCUCUAGCAUCACCUUAACACCCGAGGAAGUUUACCACGUUCUUGCUGCUCUCGAUGAAAACAAAGCGACUGGCCCUGACAAAAUACCAGCGAAACUCCUCAAAAACUGUGCGUCCAGUAUUUAUUUAUCGCUAUGUGAUCUCUUCAACAAGAGUUUAUCUCUGGGUAAACUUCCAAAUGAGUGGAAACUCUCCAAUAUUGUUCCAAUCCCGAAGAAAAGUCCAGCUGAAGAGGUUUCAAACUAUCGACCAAUAUCUCUGUUGUCCUUGGUCUCCAAAGUCUUCGAACGUCGCGUCUACAACCAACUCGUAUCACACAUUUCCACUCAACUCCACCAUCUACAAUUCGGUUUCCUCAGAGGCAAGUCAACCACCUCACAGCUUCUGCACGUUCUCCAGGAUAUCCAUCAAGCGUUGGAGAGUCGAAAGCAAGUCGACGCUGUGUAUCUGGACUUUGCAAAAGCGUUUGAUAAGGUUAGUCAUAAGCUUUUGUUGACUAAACUUCACAAGUUUGGAAUAAGAGGUGACCUACUAAGUUGGUUUGAAAAUUAUCUCUCCGGCCGCUAUCAAAGAGUCACUGUUCUGGGUGAGACCUCGGGUACACUCCCUGUACUGUCUGGAGUUCCUCAGGGGUCAAUCUUGGGGCCCCUCCUUUUCCUAGUAUAUGUGAACGAUCCUUCCACAUUCUGUCUCGGGCGAAUCAACUGUGGCAAUGUUUACCGAUGAUACCAAGUGCUACCGUCCGGUGAAAGAUUUACCCGACUGCGAAGGUCUGCAGAAUGAUCUGAAUAAUCUCAUAAAUUGGUGUAUUAUCUGGAAGAUGGACUUAAAUAAAUCUAAAUGCGGAGUAAUGAGCUUCACAAGAAGUCGCCAAUCAGUCACAACAGAUUAUAAACUACUGGGUAGUUCUCUGAAGCAACUAUGUCGUCAAAAAGACCUUGGGAUUGUUGUCACAAAAGAUCUCAAGUGGACAAAACAGGUUGAAGAAAUAACAUCAAAAGCGAGCUCAAUGCUAGGCUUUAUUCGUCGAAUAGCCUCCGACACGCAUAACAUCCACGUGCGAAAGGUCCUUAGUGCGCAGCAAGUUAGGAUAUGCCAGCCAGGUGUGGGCGCCUCAAACUGUCACCGACAUACUGUCAAUAGAACGGGUCCAACGUCGCGCGACCAAAUUCAUCCUUUCCCUUCCUUACACAACAGCCACAACAUACAGGGAACGACUAUUGGCACGAAUUUCUAGACUUAGUUUUUCUUUACAAGAGUAUUCUAAGCAACGAUGUCAAUGUGUCAAUACGAACAACCACCCGGACGACUAGAAACGCUGACCCUGUCAAUGGUAUUCUUCUUAAUGUAUCUCGAUGCAGGACAGUUAGCUACAAGAACAAUUUCUAUGUGAGAGCACCUAGCGUAUGGAACAUUCUCCCUAGUAAUAUUCGUGACACUUCAAGAUCAUUGGCUUACUUUAAACUCUCUUUAUUCAAUUACUACUUAAACCUUUUAGAACAAAUAUACAACCCGGACAAUCCUAGAACAUUUAAGUCGGUGUGCGUCAAAUGCCACUCAACUCGGUCUCUUGAUAGCUUAUUAGUGAAGACAUGUUGUUGACAUUUUAGCAUAAUUUGUUUUAAUGUAUAUAUAUUGUAACUUAUUGUAAGGGACCCCAUAAUUGGAGAUUAUCUCUGUGGCUUGUCCCUGCCCGAAUUGUAUGUAAAUUUUGUAAAGUAUUAGUCUUAUUUAUGUCUGUUAUGUUUGGCGAAUCUUGUAAAAUAAAAUAAAAUAAAAUAAAAUAAAAUAAAAUGAAAUGAAAUGAAAUGAAAUGAAAUGAAAUGAAAUGAAAUAUGUUGCCUUGUGAUUUGUAAUUUGUGUGUAAACAUUUUCAAUUAACAUGCGUUGAAAUCAGAUUUUGUUGCAAGUUGCAGCAAUUUUGUUGCUCAAUUUGCUCGUGUAACUCCACCUUUACCAAAAUCCUGAUAGUGUAUACUAUAGUAAUUAUUGUGACGUGAAUAUCUUUGUAGGGUUCUGAGCGUCAGUCUAAGACAGGAGCAACAGGUCAGAGAUUAAAAGAAGCAACAAAAAUCAACUUAUCAUUAGCAACUCUUGGUAACGUUAUUUCAGCUCUGGUGGAUGGCAAGAGUACUCAUAUUCCAUACAGAAACUCAAAACUGACUCGACUUCUUCAAGAUUCGCUGGGAGGAAACUCAAAGACUGUCAUGGUACGUAACGCGAAUGUUCAUCGUUUGGAUGGACAGUCGUAGAUAAAAACAUUGUGUAUUCUCACAUCAUGGAACUUGCAUGUUUGUCAAGAGUAUUUGACAAGUUAUAUAAUCUGAUCAGGUGUUUUGGGCAUCUCACUCAUAGGCGUACGGGGCGGGGGGGCAGGGGGGGGUCGAAAAGUCGAAAAGUCGGGCAAAUGUGCAGCUAAAGUCGGGCAAAAGUCGGGCAAAAAGUAGUCAUAACAAGAAAAUCUCUCUUAAUAAUAACCCCUGUUUGUUGGGCAAACAAAGCCAGUUGGGCAAUUCGCUGACCGAAAUUUUUUUUGGCGACGGGGAUGGGGGGGGGGGUCGACAAAAAAAAUUUUCCGGAAAAAAAUUUUUUCGGCACUAGUCGGGCACAAUCCGAAAAAGUCGGGCAAUUUUCCCCCCCCAAUUUUUUGCUUCCCGUACGCCUAUGAUCUCACUCGAUAGACUAUAAUGUUGAAGGAUUUUGUAGAUGGAAAUUUCAAGUGUAAAUUUUAUACAUUUAUUAGACCUAACCAAGAGCGGCUGUGAAAAAUGCAAUUCUAGGCCCUCUGGCAGGAACCUGCGGCCUAGCCUGCGAACAGGCUCUCUUUGAACUCCUUUGAAAUUUGAUUCAAAGAGCCUGUUCGCAGGCUACCUGCGGCCCUGCGAUUCCGAUUCUCUGUGACUGUUCAUAUAUCUGUUUUAAACGAUAGUAGUUGGCCCUUUUUCUCAGAGGUAUUUAGAAGUUCGAUCUUUGCUGAAAGCUUUAUAUGAUCUUGUAAUGAAUAUAGUAUUAUUUUUCACACCCAGAAAAUUUGUUAGUUAGGUCUCCUUGGGCUGUCGUGAGUUUCUUUGUUUCUCAUGAAUCAUAACAAAUUACAAAUUCAGAAAAUCGUAUAACACGUGUCCAUGUGCGUGACAACCUAAUACUCAUGCAAAUGUUAGACAUUUUAUUUGUCAAUGUCGGGACAGGUUUAGACUGGGAAUUAAACCUUCAUUGACGCAUUUUUAAAAUGUCUUGUUAGAUUGCCAACAUUGGACCAGCAGGCUAUAAUUUUGAUGAAACUAUCAGUACGUUAAGGUAAGUUUGCUUUUGUAUUCCUGCAUUAAGUUCCAAGCUCAUGUUCCUGUGCUGUGCAUGCCAUGGGCUGUGAUAUCCAUGGGCUGUCGUGAUAUCCAUGGGCUGUCGUGAUAUCCAUGGGCUGUCGUGAUAUCCAUGGGCUGUCGUGAUAUCCAUGGGCUGUCGUGAUAUUAUAAAUUUCAGGAUUUUGGUCAUCGACACUCGAUAUAGUUAAUACACCCUUCCUACGUCGCUUUGGCUAUAGAGCCUCGUUUUCGUGCACGUGACAUUUAAGUUAAAGCCAACCUCCCAAUCGCCAAAACGAGGCUCUAUAGCCAAUGUGACGCACUUUCCGGAAGCGUGUAUUGUAGAAGGGUUUAGUAGAUGGGAAUUUCGAGUGUGAAUUUUAUACAUUUAUUAAACCUAUAGCUACAAUCCGGGUCAAAACUCGUGUGGACACUUAAUCCACUUUUGCAAAAAUCAUAACAAAGAGCUAAAACUUGAAUUUACUCGCUUAUCCCCCACUACCCCUCUUCAAUGUUGCAUAUCCGAAUUAUCCACACUUAACAUUGGCUUGGGUGAGCGGGGGGAUAAUUAUUUAGAAACACGCUAUUCGAGGCCAAUGUCUGUGGGUUGUCCACAACGUUUUGUCCAGGAUUGUAGCUAACCAGAAGAAUUUCCAUCUACUAAACCCUUCUGUGAUAUUAUAACCAAUUUAAAUUGUUUUCUAUAAAGAUAUGCUAAUCGUGCUAAGAAUAUCAAGAAUAAAGCGACUAUUAAUGAAGAUCCGAAGGAUGCCUUACUUCGAGAGUUUCAGAAUGAAAUAGAGAAGCUUAAGAAACAAUUAGCUGAUGGUAGUAUACAAAAUGUUAUUUAUAUUUAUUUCAUUUUUUCCCCAUAUACAUUUAUGAUUGCAUGAAACUUAGUGAGGUAUAUUAUGUAUUGGCUUAGGUGUACGGGAGGGAAACAAAUUGGGGGGGGGGGCAGAAAUAAUUUGCCCGCCUUUUUUCAUUUUGCUCGACCCAUCAAACACAUUUCUCCCUGCUAAACUUCGACAAUUGUUGUCGACGGGGGAGGAAGAGUUUUUGAAAGGCUAAAAAAUUUUGGUCACAUUACAUGUUUCUUGCAUUUUCGACUAUUAUCUUACAAAUUUCUUGCUUUCAAUUUGGUUUCCCCAUUUUUGUGCUCAACUUACGUUUUUUUGGGAGGCAAGCUGCCCCCUGCCUCGUACGCUUAUGUGUGUUGGUUAAGCCUUAAGACUGGGAAAAGUUUUGAUAAACUAUACAAUACAAUCGCAACAAUAUUUAUAGUCAUCCUAGCUCUGCAGGAAUUCUGAAAGCUGAUAAAAAAUUUGUCAACGUAUCUUUAUUAUUAAAGAUAGAACAAUAUAAAGAUAAUUCUUUUAACGGGUCUAUCGACAUUUUUGUCAACAGGGGACUUGAUUAAAAACUGUAUUUGUGUCCAUUUGUGGUAAUCUUCAGCACAAUAACACAUAUGACAAAACGUAAAGUUUUUUUGCUUCCUUACACGAGCGCAAUGAGGCAAAAUGCCGCCAAUAUUAGUUCCACCAAUUUUCAGGUGACGUCUGCGUUGACAAAAACUUGGAUUGAUAAAGCUCGCUAAUUAACAUGAAUAUGUUGUAUCUUCAGACGGCGGGAGUGGUGAAUCAGGUGAUGAUGAUGUUGAAGAAGAAGGUGAAGAAGGAGAGACACGAAGACGAAAACGCAGGGAGAAAAAAGGUUGGUCCAUCUCUGAGCAACAUUCUCUAAUCAGUUGCUGUAGAAACUUCCAAUGGGCACGUUAACUCUACAUACGACGGGGUGUAUAUUUCAAUUGAGUUACCUGCAUGUACAUAGUUAUCGAAUAGUUAAAAAUGGUUAGGAGAUUCGUUUGAGGUUAAGUAUAUACGACUCAUUAGCCAAGUGGUAUUUUCCGCAAAUACGAAACAAUUCCGAAAUACAAAACUUACUACAAAGAGCUAGACUCCAAGAAGUUGUAGAAGAGUGCCUUGUUAUUUUCGCCAGGUCAUCUUUCAUCCGCCUUUGUUUGUCUGUCAGAAGAAUAACUUAAAAAUAUCUAACAUAUUAAUACGAAAAUUUGUGGGAGUAAUGGACAUUUCCCAAGGACAAAUUGAUUAAAUUUUGUAUAAAUUUACAUGAAAUUUGGAUGAAAAAUUAGCAAACGUUUGUCUUGCUAGAGUAAACUGAAUACGUAAUUAGCCCAUUGCAUAAUUUAUGCAUGAUACGUGACAUAUAUGCAGUCUUCGAGUUCCCUCUAGUUAAUGUGAUUUUCUUUUUCUUGCUAUACUCAUUAGGUAGACGAUGUUUAUCCCCUGGAAAAGUGGCUGAAAUGAAAAUAAAAAUUGAGGCGGAGAAGAAAGCUUUGGUUCAAAAGAAAGACAUGGAAGAAGAAGAGAAAAAUAAAGUAGCUCAAGAAUUAGAAAAACGAGAGGAAGAUCUUGUUGAAGCAGAGUAAGUUAAAACACUUUUCUUAUUACAUUAAUUUGAUCAAUUCAGAAAGAACUUACAAUAAAUGAUGUCAUCAUUUUACACCUUUUGUUCAUUUUUCUUUACCACCGGAGAUGAGCGCAGCGUCAGAGUUCUUCAAAUCCGAACACUGACUAAGAACUAACUACUGAAAUUCGAUUUCGUCUAAAUUUGCAUGUGCAAAUCUAUCUAUCUAUGUUCCUUAUUAUUAACUUUUUUUACACUUCUAUAGAUUUGAUUAAACUUCAUCCAGUUCUAGGAUGGAUCUAAUUCUAUCCAGUCCUAGGACUAUGUCAUACCUUACUCAGUUCUAGGACUUGAUAUGAAUUUUGUGCAUGAAUUUUUAGGGAGCAGCACAAAAGACUUCAAGAAAAGUUGAAAGCUGUCGAGGGAAAAAUUAUUGUUGGUGGAGUUAACUUAGUAAGUGAAAUUGACGCGUAUAAUCGUUCUCUAUAUAGCUGUCGUCUGCGCGACACCCCGGCAAGCGAGGGGAAAUUUAUGCUAUGAGGUCACAAUCAAAGAAAACCCCUGCAUACACUACGUUCAACUUUACUGACUACCUGGUUGUCUUUAUUGUUUUGUUCAUUCCUGCAAAGAGCUUAAUACUGAACUGUAGGCGUAGCUGGAUCGAUAACAUGCCUUUGUAACCAGCACUUGUGGUGUCAUGGUCACCACACUUGCCUUUCAAACUGAGAGACCCGGGUUCAAUUCUUGGUCCGACUUCUACUCAAGGUCUUAAAAUAAUUGAGGAGAAAGAACUAACUUUACAUUAACCGGAGUAAAUGGUUAGAUUUUCUUCUCGGAUAAGGACGUUAAAGUGGUAGGUACCGAUCGGAUUCCCUAUCAAUUGAACAAUAUAGCCUGUUGGGAAAUCCGCUCAACAAUGAGUAAGAAACUCGAUAAACUCAAACACGAUAUUUUUACUAAGCUCGAGAAAGCACAAGAGCAAGAACGAUUACUUGAAGAAUCAGCUCACGAAUUGGCAGAAAGAAGAGCAACAGAACAGGAACUUCAAAAGAAAAUUAAAGAAAAGGAGGUAGGUUUUAUAGAAAAAACGAAUUUGUUAGAAGAAUAUAACCAUUUGAUAGUUGAAGAGAAUGACUCAACUAUCGCUCUCAAUUCCUUUGUUUUCUAAGUAUAUAUAUACCGGGUGUCCCAAAAAAAACUUGCGCUGUUUGAUUUAAUGUAACAUAAAAACUAUAAAAGCUAUUACACUCAAAUAAGUUAUAUUGUAUUCAAAAAGGGAUAACUUAGAUUUGGAUAUAUAACAUUUGAAUAUCCGUGCAAUAUUUACUGAGCUAUCGAUGUUUUAAAUCGAAUAAGCAUAUUUGACAAUGUUAAAAAUUUGCAUAAAAUUGCCUAUCAAAUAUUAUUUGGUUAAAAUUGAUUAUAUAGUUUUAUUGUGGCCAAAAGAACGAAUGAAAAACAUAAUUGUUGGAUAAACAUUUAUUCAUUCAUCAUAGAAAGUAUGUCCUUUUUCACGUAUACAAUGUCUUGCACGGGAAACCAUAAAACCCAAACUCUUUGAUCUUUUGUUAAUCGAGGCAUAUUCGAAAGGCGAACGACGACCAACUUUAUAAUACGAACUCUCAAAGGACGUCAAAUAUGCUUUCGAACGUUUUUAAAUGUUUCAUGCUUAUUUCGCUUCCCAAGAAACACGAAGGGUUAAGUUAUACUAGGACAUUACCCGAAAUGAAAGUUGAGUUGAAAUGCUGAAAUUGAAAUUGUUAAUUUUUGUUGAAAAUGGCAAUUUGUUUUCAACUUUUCAUAUAAAUUUGAUCAGCCAUGUUUCUCGAUUUUUUUACUCAUUUUUAAAGCGUGCGCCACAUUCAAACGUUUGUAUCUAACGUAAUAUUACAUAUUUUUAGUGCUGUAUAUCAAAAUCUAAGUUAGCCUUUCCUCAAUACAAUAAAACUUAUUUGAGUGUAAUAGCUUUUAUAGUUUUUACCUUACAUGAAAUCAAACACCGCAAGUUUUUUGGGGGACACCAGGUAUAUAUGUAUCCUUGGUUCCGGAAUAAUAUCACGGUUGUAAAAGCCUGUACCUUCUAACCUAGCAGAUUAUGGCAAUGAGACAACAAGGAAAUAUACAGAAUAUAUUACGUACAAGCUUCUAUUAAGUUAUAUAUGUCCAUGUGCAUGCAACAUUGCAAUUUCAUUCGCUCUUUCAAAAGCGUCAUUUUACCGUUCUUAACGCUGUAAUAUUACUUUAUUUUGCAGCAAGAGAGGGUUGAUAUCGAAGAAAAGUAUGCUUCAUUGCAAGAAGCCGCCGCGGGCAAGUCAAAGAAACUAAAGAAAGUUUGGAGUAUGUUAAUGAGCGCUAACUCAGAGGUACGAUUCCGUCUUUAUAUCUGCACAUGCUGCAUUUUGUCAGUUCAAAGCGCUUUAUGUUCUUAAGCCUCUUUUCGUUUCAUCGCAAGAGUCAACCACUGAGCUCCAUAUAUAUCUGGAGCGAGAACUCGAGUCCAGAAAGUGAAGCCAGGAUGGCGGAAAUUGAAGAGCUAUUACUAUUAGACGUCAACCCACUGAACCUAGUCCCUUUCUAUUGUUUCGUCUACGCGGUUAAGACGAAGCUUGCAAGUGUGCCGAAAUGUCGUAUUUUGACAUCGAUUUAAAGAAUAAGUUGAAUAACACUGUGUUUUAUGAACUGAUAACUUGUUUAUAAAAACUGUUUACCACCUUCAUAGUUAUUGGACGUCAAUUUCUGCCAUUUUGCCUUUACUUUUCUCAUGAAUGACUGGAGUUCUUGCUUGUUUAAUUUGUUCUAUAAGUAUAUUCAUUUCUUGUCUACCGAGCAGGCCUUCGACAUUUGUAGUUGAUUUUUGCAAUGAGUGGAAAAUCUUUCGCUUGUUGCUGGACAAUCGCCUUUCGUUGCAUGGGCAGCGCCAAUUUUCCAGCGAUACUUUGAAAAACGACAUUCAUUGACGUACAUGCAUGAACGAUCUGUGCCAGUGUACCUUAGCUCGAAACGUCGAAAUUCGCCUUGUAUUUUUCCGGUUAGGAACCAAUUAUAUUAAUAUAGCCAUUGAAUUAAUCGAACUCAGUGAAGUAAAUUAUUAUAUUAUACUGAUCGAGUUGACUACAGUAACCUCGCUCUAAAUGAACGUCGUGUUUAGAUGUCAGAUCUUAAACAAGAACACCAACGUGAAAUAGAAGGCUUGUUGGAUAAUAUACGGGAACUUAACAAAGAGUUUCGGUUGCAAAGUAUGGUCAUUGACAGUUUCAUUCCCCAGGAAUUUCAGGUCAGUGUGAUGUAUGUGGUGGACCAGACAGGUACGAAACUUUCGAAUGUUUCGUAUAACUUGUAAUGUAUUCUAAUGACUAUAAUGGCGAAGUAAACCUGUUGUAUAAAUUAGAAAAUUAAGAAAUUAAAGAAUUGUUAACAUGAUGAACAGGCCUGCUGCAUGCAUGGGCCAUUUAUAUGUGAACACAAAUGAAUUUAUGGCGGCCUUAUAUUAGUUUACAGCUCGAACAGGCAAACCGAGGCCACUUGCGUAUUUUUAAUGUUUUCAAACGAAGCCAAAAUCAAUCAGCAGUGGGUUAUUUAGACCUUAUGGCUAUGUCAUAAAUUCAUAACCGGAAAAUGUUUAGUCAAAAUCACCCCGGUGGUGAUUGGUUUUGGCUUAGUUUGAAAACAUCAAAAAUAUGCCAAAGCGGCCUCGGUUUGCCUGGUCGAGCUGUAAAAGUGGUGUAUGAUAACAAGAACUUGUAACUAAUUAAUAAGAAUUCAGUCAUUCUGGAAUAACGUUCUUAAUUAAUGAACUUGCUUCUCUCGUUAUAGCAAAUGAUUGAACAAAAUUCGACCUGGAAUGAAGAUAUAGGAGAAUGGCAAUUGGUAAGAUUUACUCUUAAUAUAUUGACCACGCUUCCCCUUAACGACGAGUAGACAGAGUAAAAUAAUAUUAAUAAAUUCUGGGUGCAUAAGGGCGCAUUGCAGCUUAAUGGGCGAAAUAUUUUCUUGUUUCUAUCCAAAACCAGGGAUCUCUUGGACGGGGAAACAUUCCAGGAUCUUCACUAUACUGCAUGUAAUUUGCGUCAUACAUGACAGUUCAUGAUUAAAUCUUAUGUUGAUGUCUACUACUGCAUUUCUUUCAACUGUAUGAUCGUUUUUACAGCGUUUUGUUGCUUACACUGGUAAUAAUAUGAGGAAAGCAAGUCCAAGCCCGGAUCCUCGGGAAAGGAAUAAAGAGGUAUGAGAUUUUUGCUUCUGUUCCCACAGGAGGCCCAGGCUCUAUUUGUUCCGUAUACGUUUUAACUCCGCAAAUCGACGCCAUCUUGGUUCAUUUUCAAAACAUACGAUCAUCAAUAUUCUUCAUUCUUUGUCGUAUUGUGUCAGAAAUCGUAAACUAUCCAUAAUACAGUAAGAUGUUUUCAAAACAAACCAAAAAUAUUAAAGUAACUCAACUAUUUCGAUGUAAACGGCAGGACAAAACUUUAAAAUCAACCAAGAUGGCGCCCAAUGACACGUAGUGACGUCACGUGCAAGCAAAGAAUAUGUGAAGUUAAUGAAAAGAAAAUUGCAGUUUAGAACUCUACUAUGCUGCCUUCUUCCCAUAAUCACCAUAUUGACACCUACCUCAACAGCUAUGUGUAAAAUAUUGUAUAAUGCACUGCUUAUAGGGCCGGAGGCACUCAAUCACAGGCACUUGAUAUAGAUUUAGUUGCGACAGUAAUGUAUCCACAGUAUAUAAACUUGGGGGGAAUUUAUAAUCCAAACGAAUGGAUGAUGCAAGAACUGAAAUGCUCCAAAAUAUCAAUUCUUCCAAGGUUUUACCACCACCUCAACUGUUAUCAAACUGGAUCGUCCCUACGCCACACCUCGCUCACAAUGGCAUGUGGAACCGAGGGUGUUUUAUAUAGAUUGUUUGCUUCAUUGUUUAAUAUAUUGUGUACAUUGUCUUGUAUAGUACCCGGAAAUAGAUAUUUCUAAUGUCUACCUGACAUAUUCACCUGCUGGAUACGAUGGUGUGACUGGUGAACCGUUCAAACCUAAAACAGCAAGACCAAAGUCCUCAAGACCAAAAUCAUCAAGACCAAAAACAGCAAAGAAGUAGGCUACGAAUUUUUCUUUCAUUAUUUUUCUGCACGCGGGUACUUUAAUUUGGUGGCCCGGCGAACGAAAAAUCCCGCUUUUCCAGGCCAGUAAGGAAUACGAAUGUAUAGUAGUGCAUUAACCAAGGGCAAUUUAGUCCAGCCGUCCAGGUCACAACUGCUGUUGUGGUGACCCUGCCAUUUUACUUAUUAGGGCAAUUUAGUAGUUUUUUGUAUAUGUAAAGUACGUCUUUUUCAGUGGCAAAUUUAAUAAAUUCAAAUAAAUUCAAAUUCAAAUUUUGGAAGAGUGAAUUUGUCGUCCACCAUCUAGAGGUGAUCAAGAAUGUCAUAUUUAAUUCUGACACUGCAGAGUACGACGAAAUAUUUUCUGAGCGGGUCUUCGGGUUUUUUAUAUCACUGAGGAGCUUUUCACAUCACUGAGGAUAGUUCUGGUAGAAUUGAAACACUGCGAGUCCUCCAAGACAAUAGUUAUGCAUGUCGCAUUCUCGUCCCCAGAGCCAUUUUCACUCGGUCACUCGUUGAAAAUUAGGCUCUGGGAUAGACGACUAAAGAAGAGAUCUGAUUGGCUUCUCAGAGAACUGCUAUUUCGCAGACGUUGAGCAGUUUUCGCUAGGCAAAAUUAUUUCAUUGGGCUAGUAUUCCAAAUGUCGUAGGUUCGUAACGUCAUAGGGGCCCCCUUGGAAAGUUUUGCCCCGCGCAACAUCUCGGCGGCCUUGUGUACACGUUGCUACAGAAAAAUAUUUGUUUAUUAGAAAAUCCAAGACAAAAGAAAGCACUGAAGAGGUCAGCUCAAGUUUCCAAAAACAAACGAGUCAAGUCAGUCAAGAACAAUAUCCUGAGUCAAGAAAAAGUUUGAGUGCUAAGACACACUUUGCUUAGGACAUUUUAUGAAUGUCACGUUUGUAUGCAACCUUUGCGCUGCAAUUUUUUUUUCAAUUUUCGAAUUUUAAUUUGUAUAUAUAAAUAUAUUAGUAUAUUUAUUCGCCUUAUGAUCAUAUAGAUAAUUGCGAUAUAUAGAAUUUUAAUUAAGCUAUUAAUAAAUAUUGUAAAACGUAAUAUAUUAUAAACCUUUUGUAUAAUC